AUUGCUCUUUUUGACAUUCAUUCUAGAGGAGAUCGUGUGGUUAUCUGUGAAAUUUUUAUUUCUUUUGAUGCAAUAUUGAACCAUUUAAAUUGCAUUUACAAUUUGAUGUAACAUUAUUGGCAAUUUAUUUGCAACACUGCUGAGAGAUCGUACGCACAUCCAUUUGUUGUCAACACAUCGUCAGCAGUGAGCUUUAUUCUCAGAUACAGUAGAAACCAUGGAAGAAUAUGCCAGAGAACCGUGCCCGUAUCGCAUUGUUGACGAUUGCGGUGGUGCAUUCGCAAUGGGAUGCAUUGGUGGCGGAGUAUUUCAAGCAAUAAAAGGCUAUCGUAAUGCACCAUCCGGCAUCAGUCGGCGACUGGUGGGCAGUCUGACAGCUAUCAAACAAAGAUCACCGAUCAUUGCCGGCAAUUUUGCUGUUUGGGGUGGCAUGUUCAGCACAAUUGAUUGUACGUUGGUCCACUUCCGAAAGAAGGAAGAUCCAUGGAAUUCCAUAAUUAGCGGUGCGGCCACUGGUGGAAUUUUAGCCGCUCGAAAUGGUGUCCCCGCAAUGGCUGGAAGCGCAAUUAUCGGUGGUGUUCUGUUAGCCCUUAUCGAAGGUGUCGGCAUAUUAUUUACCCGCUUGUCAGCCGAUCAAUUUCGAAAUCCAUCACCUCCGACAGAGGAUCCUCAGUCGCUGAUGUAAAACACUCAUCAUCCGAACAAGUUUUGUUAGAAAUUAUUUUGUGUGAACGAUGACCGAAUGGAACGAUUUUUUUUUUGUUUGUUUGCUUUUAGUGUGAUGUAGUAGUUACAGAGCGCCGGAGGAGAAUUUAGUUUGAAAAAGUGUAUCUGAUUUUUCAUUGGCCGUGUAUAGUGUAGAGAUGAUUGUAAGAUGAUCAUGCACACGCGGUUGGACGGAGAGUGAACGAUAUGAAAUAAAAAAAAUUUAGUCAAAACUAGUAAACCAAUUGUUUUACCGGUUUAUGUUUUGAAUUUACUCAAAUUUUUAUUUGCCAUUCUCAAUUGAAAUUUCGGAAUAAAUUUUUAAACUUGUAAAUACGGAA